AUUUUCUUAUCUUUUCCAUAAAAAAAUGUUUAUUCUGAAGCAAUAACAUUAAUUACAAUCGUCAUACGAGAGACAUAAUUUAGUUCAUAAAUAAACUAUCUGUGAAAAUUUUUUAUUGUGAAUUGAAACGUUCAAGUGAGUGCUAGUGUCUGAUAACAAUAUGCCCGAAAUUUCUCAAGAUAUAUUUGAAAGUAUUUACCCGUUAGAACCACCAAUUUCAAGCGAUGAAUUACGUGCCCGCGCUAAUUCGAAUUCAUCCACAAAAGGUAUUUAUGGUAUAAAUAAACCGAAACGUUCAACAUCGGUGGGUUCGACAAGCUCGAUUCGACGAAAUGAUCGUAGUGAAAUUGAUUUAGAAAAUUUUAUUGAGGGUAAUUCGGAAAUAAAUCAAUGGAUUGAUCGACGACAAAUUUCACACAGAAUUUUUGUGAAUCGUAGUUUACAUUUAGAAAAUAUUAAAUACUAUGGCUUCGAUAUGGAUUAUACAUUGGCUGAAUACAAGUCACCAGAAUAUGAAAAAUUGGGCUUUGAUUUAGUGAAAACACGUUUAGUCUCUUUAGGAUAUCCAAAAGAAAUUUUAGAAUUUGAAUAUGAUAGUUCUUUUCCAAUACGUGGUCUUUGGUUUGAUACUUUGUAUGGUAAUUUAUUAAAAGUGGACUCAUACGGCAAUAUUUUAGUUUGUGUACAUGGAUUUGAAUUUUUAAAGCAAUCGCAAGUAUAUGAAUUAUAUCCAAAUAAAUUUUUACAGUUAGACGAAUCACGUGUAUACGUAUUAAACACCCUAUUCAACUUACCCGAAACGUAUUUAUUAGCAUGUCUAAUCGAUUAUUUCACAAAUUCACGACAGUAUACCGCCUCAGUGAAUGGUAUCAAAGUUGGAGAACUCUUUAUGAGCUAUCAAUCAAUCUUUCAAGAUAUACGUGGCGCUGUCGAUUGGGUGCAUAUACAGGGUGACUUUAAAGAGAAAACAAUACAAAAUAUUGAACGUUAUGUAAAGAAAGAUGAACGUUUACCAAUGUUCUUAAAUCGUAUACGUGAGAGUGGUGCAAAAAUAUUUUUAUUGACGAAUAGUGAUUAUAAAUAUACGGAUGCAAUUAUGUCAUAUUUGUUCGAUUUUCCACAUGGUGCACGCGCAGAUGAACCUCACCGUAAUUGGAAAACAUAUUUUGAUAUAAUUGUCGUGGAUGCACGCAAACCUUUGUUCUUUGGUGCUGGUACAAUCUUUCGACUGGUGGAUACUGAAACAGGAGAAUUGAAAAUUGGUACACAUACAGGACCAUUAAAAGGGAAUGAAGUUUAUUCUGGAGGUUCGUGUGAUGUAUUUACUGACUUUAUUGGUGCAAAAGGUAAAGAUGUUUUAUACGUUGGUGAUCAUAUUUUCGGUGAUAUAUUAAAAAGUAAAAAAAUUCGUGGAUGGCGAACAUUUUUAAUUGUACCAGAAUUAGUACAAGAAUUACAUGUAUGGACUGACAAAUGUCAAUUAUUCACAGAGUUGCAGGAAUUGGAUAUAAAACUUGGUGAAAUGUACAAAAAUUUAGACAGUAGUACAAAAGAAAAGCCCGAUAUUUCAAAAUUACGUAGUUCAAUAAGGGAUGUUACACAUAAAAUGGAUUUGUCAUAUGGUAUGUUAGGAAGUUUAUUCAGAUCUGGAUCCAGGCAAACAUUUUUCUCCGCUCAGGUGGUACGUUAUGCCGAUUUAUACGCAGCUACAUUUAUGAAUUUAAUUUACUAUCCAUUCUCAUACAUGUUCCGUGCACCUGCCAUGUUAAUGCCACACGAAAGUACCGUAGCUCACGAACAACGCUAUGUAGCCGAUACACCAAUCCUAAAUCGGGCACGUACCGUAUCAAAUAGUGGUAUGCCAAAGGAACUUAUUCAAGAAGUCGAAGAAGAAGAUACAAGUGUAAAGAUAAGUAAAUUAACACGUGCAAAUAGCACAAUUCCACAUGUGCGAGCGGAAACCCCAAGAACAGUUACCCAUCACCAUGAUGACGAUUACGAUGAAGAUGAUAGCGAUGGCAGCAAAGAAAGUGUAAAAAAUGAACAGAAAUUAAAAUCGACUAGUGACGGCGUCGAAAAUAAAUAAAUAUAAUACCAUAAAAAUGUCCUCUGUUCUUCCUACUGUUUUUUUCUUUUUUGUUUCGAAAAUGUGUACAAUAAAAAUAUGAAAUAUACUAUUUUAUAGCACGAUUCGUCGAAAGCAAGUUUAUUAAUCGUAGGGAAUCGAAAAUUCGGGUUAGCUUUUAAAUUCGAAUUUAAUUUAUUUUUCCGAAUCUCAGACUAAAGAUUAAUUAUACGUUUUUGUAAGUAUAAUAAUUACAAAACUAUUAUUUGUAAUAUGGUAACUCCAGAAUUCGAUUUAUAUUUUGUUUUUAUUGUUUAAAAGCGGACAUUAACUGAAUGCUUUUUUUCUUAGUCGAUGGGAUUCUAUUUUUUAGUGAUUUAAUUUUUAUAAUUACGAAUUUAAAAGUGAAAUCGAAUUUUUUUUUAUAGAAUUUGCGUUUUUUUAAAAAUAAGACGACUACCAAGUAGUUUAAAGUACUGACAGAAUUUUUUCGUAGAUUGUUAGAAUCAUCUAAUCUAAUAAGAAAUGGCUAUAAGUGAAAUCUACAGUAACUUGUUCGAACACGAACAAGUUAAGACGAAUGAUGUGUUAACUCUUUAAAGCUUUAAUCUGAACAAAGAUGCUUCCAUUUUUGAAAAAUUACGUGAAAAAAAUAAGCACAAAGUUUAAGAAAAAAAUGUUAUCAGGGUUUAAUGAAUGCCUAAAUUAUAAAAAUAGUGCUUAAGUUUAAAAAAUUUAGCCAAGUGCAGGUUUCGAACUAAACUUCCCAGGUUCGAAAAGUUCUUCAAAUUUCAAUCAAUUUUAUUAUGAGAAAAUUAAUUACGCUCAAAAACUUUAUUAUUUUUUAAUUUAGAUUUUAGA